AUGGAUCAAGUUGUAUAUCAACAUGAUUUACUACAACAACUGCUUGUUGUACCAACACCAGUAUCGUCCACAGAAAACGAUGAUAAACACAUAGCUGCUAUCAUGAAAAAAAUCGACGAAUGGGAACUAAGGAAUAUACAGCAAAUAACAACAGUAGCUGGGCGUAUUCGACAACAACUACAGAAACGAAUAAAUGAAAUAAACAAAGUAAACAAAGUUAAACAUCAUUUUAGUUUAAUAACCAAUGAAUUAAGACAAAGUCGAUCGGAAGCUGAUUAUGUUGAAGCAGAUUUACAACGAUGGCUGGAAAAAUUACAACAACUGAAACAUCAACUAGAAACAACAACCAUCUCUGGUACCAGUCAAAUAGAUGUUCAGAUAACUGAUGACAUUGAUUGGUCAUCAAUGGUUAAACUAGUCGAAUCUAGAGAAGCCAAACCUACAGAAGCCAAAUCUACAGAAGCCACAUCUAUAGAAGCCAAAUCUGCGAAACUCAAUUUUGAUUUAAUUACAACAACAGAACCACAAGAGGUGCUCGAUGUUCCUAUUGCUGAAAAUUAUAUUAGAAUUGGUGCAUCAAAUAAAUCAUUUCUACUUUAUGAUAAUGCUUUAGAGGAAUUGCAUUUAUAUGAUCAAAAUGGUUAUAAGCUUAUUGAACAGUUUACUGUUAUGAGUAAGAUUUGGGAGAUUAUUUGGUCAUCGUAUUUGGAUAGAUAUUUAUUACAAGGGGAUGCUGCAUUUUAUACAUAUAGUGAACAAAAUCAUCAAUUUGAACAUCUUCAACAAAUUAAACCCAGUUUGGGAAAAAGAAGGUAUGGUGGGUGUACUUGUUUCGAAGAAAUUUUACUUAUUUAUUAUAAAGGUUGGGGCUGUCGAAUAGAAGAAUGGAAUAUGAAAGAUUUCAAAAUAAGAAAACACUGGUUGACUGAAGUUGGAUUUUGUAUUAAUCAAAUGCUAUUUUCCAUUCAAAAUCCAAAUCAUAUUGGAGUUACUGUUUGUGAUCGACAAAACAUUCAUCGGUUUGAAUUACGUGAUAGAGAUAUGAAAAUACUGAAACUUGUUGACAUAGAUCAAAGUAAAGAUAUGAUAUUUUUCAUACCAAUAUCGACAACAGGUGAUUGGUUGAUUUCUUAUAAGGAUUCAAAUAUUUUGAGUCUAAUUAAUCAUGAUUGUACAUCGAAAAAGAUUAUUGAAUAUAGUGAGAAUGUUGAUCAAGCCGUAUUUGUUGCUGAUUAUAAUUGUUUGGCUAUUGCUACACAAAAUAAUCAAUUACAUUUUUAUUAUUUAUAA